UGGAAUUACCGCAUCAUUUUCCUAUGUUCCAUAUUUGGCUUCUUGUUUUGGCAAUGCUGUGGAUGUGUUGUUGUAGUUCAUCAAGCAGUGGGGGAGCAAACGCAAAGUCGUACUUAGCAGUAAAUUGCCGGAAACACAAGUUUAACUUGACGGAAUUCGGAGGUGUCGGCGACGGAAAGGCCCUAAACACAGAGGCAUUUGGCAAGGCUAUAACUCACCUCAGCCAGUAUGCUUCUGACGGUGGUUCCCUGCUCAUUGUUCCCGCCGGGACAUGGCUGACUGGCCCAUUCAAUUUGACCAGUAAUUUCACCCUUUAUCUCGAUAACGGUGCUGUUAUUCUGGCCUCUCAGAAAGUAGAAGAUUAUCAACUCAUUGCCGCAUUGCCAUCUUACGGAAGGGGUAGAGAUGCUCCGGGAGGCAGGUUUAUAAGCCUCAUCUUUGGAACUAACCUCACCGAUGUUGUCAUUACUGGUGAAAAUGGAGUAAUAGACGGUCAAGGACAGCUAUGGUGGCAGAUGUUUAAGAACAAUACGUUGAAGAAUACAAGGCCUUAUCUCAUUGAGAUUAUGCAUUCUAGUCACAUCCAAAUAUCAAAUCUCAAAUUAGUGAAUUCUCCAUCAUGGGUUGUUCAUCCCGUUUACAGCAGUGACAUUAUAAUUGAACAUUUGACAAUUUCUGCCCCCUUGGAUUCCCCGAACACGGAUGGAAUUAAUCCAGAUUCUUGUUCAAACGUGAGAAUAUGGGACAACUGCAUUCAAUCCGGGGACGAUUGUGUGGCAAUAAAGAGCGGUUGGGACGAAUACGGGACCAAAUUCAACAUGCCGUCCCGCCAAAUCUCCAUCAAAAGACUCACCUGCGUUUCCCCCACCAGCGCCACCGUCGCCAUCGGCAGCGAAAUGUCCGGCGGGGUGGAGGACGUCAGGGCGGAAGAUAUCACGGCCAUCAAUACCGAGUCGGGCAUAAGGGUGAAGACCACCCUCGGCAGGGGAAGCUACGUGAGAGACAUCUACCUCAGGAACGCCACGUUCCUGAAGUGGAUGAAGUACGUGUUCUGGGUGACGGCGGAUUACAGUAAGAAGUCUGACCACCCUGACGAUAAAUAUGACCCAAAAGCCAUCCCGAAGGUAACGGGGCUGAGCUUCUCAAAUAUCACGGCUCAGAACGUGACGUACGCCGGGAAACUUGUUGGGCUGAAGGCCUCCCCUUUCGCAGACAUUUGCAUAUCUAACGCCACCAUUGCUAUGCAUAUAGACAAUGACAAAAAAGAUGAGAAUAAAAAAGAACCCUGGAAUUGUACGAAUGUAGCCGGUAAGUGGAGCUCUGUCACUCCCCCGCCGUGUAGCCUACUUGUGAAAACGCCCGGUCUUCAGUGCGGAUUUCCCAGUGACAGACUUCCUAUCGAGAAUGUAAAAUUCCAGAGUUGUCCUCUGUACGGCAUAAAAUAAGAUAAUGG